AUGUCAAACGAAACAGAACAAUUAUUCCUUUCAAUUGGCUUAGACCAAAAGAGAGCCAAAGAUACUCUUAAAAACGAAGCUCUUACCCAAACUUUAAAAUCAAUCAUCACUGAAGCAGGUGUCACAACUUGUGAUAAAUCAAUUGGUAACAACCUUUAUUCAUUAGCAGUUGGUAACAUCAACUCACCAAUUCGUGCAAAUGUCUCAAAAGCUAUUGCUGAAGAAAAAAUCAAAUCAGAUCUCCAAUUAAAGAGCGCUAUUCAAUUUUUAAAAGAUAACACUUCAUUUGACGAAGCUAAAUUCAACAAAGAUUGUGGUGUUGGUAUUGUCAUUACUGAAGAACAAAUCCAAAAAUCCAUUGAUGCCUUAUUCGCUGAAAAAGCUGCUGAAAUUUCAGAAAAGAAAUGGCACAUCCCAAUUGGUGAUUUAUUAAAUCCAUUAAAAAGAAACGAAGAUCUCAAAUGGGCUGAUUUCAAAGUUGUUAAAACAUUAUUAGAUAAAAAAUUAGAAACCACUUUAGGUCCAAAAGUUGUUGAACAAAAAGAAAAGAAACAAGCUGCAACUCCAGUUCAAAAGGUUGAAGAAAAAUUAGCAGCAAUUACAUUAACAGAAGAUAAAUCACUCCCAGCCGCCAAAAAAAUUAAAUUAAGAGAUGCCUCACCAAAACUUGAUGGUGUUAGAGUUGAAGUCAAUGCUUGGUUACACCAUGUCAGAAACCAAAAGAAAAUUGUUUUCUUAGAACUCCGUGAUGGUACUGGUUUCCUUCAAUGUGUUAUGGGUGGUAAUUUAGUUCAUCCAUCAAUUGUUGAACAACUUAAACGUGAAGCUACCGUUAAAAUCAUUGGUACUCUCAGUAUCCCACCAGCUGGUAAAACUUGCCCAGGUGGUGUAGAAUUAAACGCUGAUUAUUGGGAAUUACUUGGUUCAUCAAGUGCCGAUUUAGAAGGUAUUAUCAAUACUGAAUCAAAUGUUGAUCAACAACUCGAUCAACGUCACAUUCUCCUUAGAGGUACCCGUGCUAGUAGCAUUAUGAAAAUUAGAUCCAUUGCAUUACAAGCUUUCAGAGAACAUUUCUAUCACAAUGGUUAUUUCGAAAUGAAUCCACCAACUUUAGUUAACACUUUCUGUGAAGGUGGUUCUGAACUUUUCACUUUAGAUUACUUUGGUACACCAGCUUACUUAACCCAAUCAUCACAAUUAUAUUUAGAAACUAUGUGUCCAGUUGUUGGUGAUGUUUUCUGUAUUGCCCAAUCAUAUCGUAGUGAAAAAGCACGUACUCGUCGUCAUUUAAGUGAGUUCACUCAUUUAGAAGCUGAAAUGCCAUUUAUUACAUUCGAAGAUCUUACUGAUAGAAUCGAAUUUUUAAUUUGUGAUGUUGUUGAACGUAUGCUCAAGAUUGAUGGUGAUCUCGUCCGUUCAAUUAAAGAAGAUGUCGCUGUACCAAAGAGACCAUUCAUGAGAAUGGACUAUAAAGAAGCCAUUGAAUAUUGUGUUAAGAAUGGUAUCAAAAAAGUUAACGAAGAUGGUACUGAAUCCGAUUUCCAAUUUGGUGAUGAUAUUCCAGAAGCUCAAGAACGUAAAAUGAAUGACCAAAUUGGUUGCCCAAUUUUCUUACGUCGUUUCCCACAUGCCAUGAAAGCUUUCUACAUGAAGAGAUGUCCAGAAGAUAAAGAAUUAACCGAAUCACUUGAUCUUUUAAUGCCAGGUGUUGGUGAAAUUGUUGGUGGAAGUAUGAGAAUUUCAGACUAUGAUGAAUUAUUAAAUGCCUACAAGAGAGAAGAGCUCGAUGCUGAACAAUACUAUUGGUUCACCGAUCAAAGAAAAUAUGGUUCCGGUCAAACUGGUGGUUAUGGUUUAGGUGUUGAACGUUUCCUUACCUGGAUCUUAGGUCUCCCACAUAUUAGAGAUGUUUGUUCAUACCCACGUUUCACUGGUCGUUGUCACCCAUAAACAAAUAUAAAAUAAAUAAUAUAAAUUAAAAAUAAAAUUUAAUGUUUUAAAUGAUAUAAAAUGAUUUUUUAUUUCAUUUAAUAAUAU